GAAGACUGUGGCCUGUCUGUGCUGCUCUUUAGUUAAAUCCUGUCUUCGGCUUCACGCGGGUGUCUGUCCUCUGCUGGUGUCCGUAGAGGACAACGAUCGCGUGGGUAGAUUGACAGGGUCUGCCCUAGAAACUUCUGCCAAUUUAGUAAUGUUGCUUCAGGAUGCCACGCGUUUAAAAACGAUGCUUUCAAGCUAGCUCAAGUCCUAGCACGGUUUAUCAUGCUAGUUUGUUCUUAGCGUAGCUUAUUUGCUGAAGGAACUGUUGUUGAUGUAGCUUCUAUGGCCUUAUAUAUGUGUGUGUAUAUAUAUAUAUGAAUAUAUGCUGAUAGAACUAGAACACUAAGUCAUUUUCAGUGCAGACAAGGGCCUACUGAGGAGGGGCUGACUGGUGAGAUCAGCUGUAGGAGGAGCGUGCCAUUGAAGUAGAUGACCAAUCUUUAAAAUUUAACUUUGAUACAGUAACACUGUUGCUCUGGGUUUUAAUGAAGGGAAUGAAGUCAUCCCUUGGAGGACUAUGAUCAAGCACAUAUAAAAUCUUCUGUUUGUAACUUUGGCUAGCCACAGCUGGUGCAGAGAGCUGGGAUUACAAUGCUGCUAAUAUUUUACGUAAACAAGACAGGUACUGGGGUCUGUGAAGAAGCAUGGCCAAGUAGAAGUACGCCUGUGCUUGAUUAUUGGUUGUGGCAUUAAGGAAGCCAGAGAACUUUUGGCAAAUACGGUUUACUGGCAUCCUGUGCUUGCUGUUGAAAUACUUCCUGAAGAAUGAAAUGUGGGAGCUGUUUUCUGACAGGCCCGCAGGCAUUAAGGGCAGAAAUUAAGUAUGCAGUGCAAAAUUGAAAUGAGAACCUUAGGAGGCAGUAUCAUCUUCAGAAAGAAUAUUUAUCUUCUUUUAUUCUGGCAGGCUGUGAAAAACUGUUAGUAAACGGGCCAAGGAUAGAAUUCAAAUUGCAGUAAAACGUAGUGCCUUUCAGUGCUGUGACUCAGAUUAUCUUUGUGAUCUCCAGGGUUAGCAUCAUUACAUCUUUAUUCUGAACAAAAGAUCUGACAGGGACUGAGAAGGUUCUUACAUUAUUAUGGUUGAGUAUUAUGCACCCUGUAACGAGCAUGCUUCUGGUCUGUCAUGAUACAUACCGGCUAAUCGUUUAUUUUUGUAGGUAAGCGACAUUUGGUGUUAACGUGCAAGAAAACAACAAAAUGUAAAAUCAUUGUGUGUCUUCUUAGGCCAUGAUACGCAGACUGAGGUGUGCCUUUUACCGUAUUGGAACUGAAGCGCUAUGGAGCAGUACACAGCGAAUAGUAACAGUUCCACGGAGCAAAUCGUUGUGCAGGCUGGACAGAUUCAGCAGCAGCAGCAGGGUGGUGUCACUGCUGUCCAGUUGCAGACUGACGCCCAGGUGGCAUCCGCCUCAGGCCAGCAAGUCCAGACCCUCCAGGUAGUCCAGGGUCAACCACUAAUGGUACAAGUAAGCGGAGGUCAGCUGAUCACAUCAACUGGCCAGCCGAUCAUGGUGCAGGCUGUGCCUGGGGGUCAGGGCCAGACAAUCAUGCAAGUCCCAGUUUCUGGAACACAGGGACUGCAGCAGAUUCAGUUGGUCCAGCCAGGUCAGAUUCAGAUUCAAGGUGGGCAGGCUGUGCAGGUACAGGGGCAGCAGGGCCAGACCCAGCAGAUCAUUAUACAGCAGCCACAGACUGCAGUUACUGCUGGCCAGACACAGACCCAGCAACAAAUAGCAGUUCAAGGACAACAGGUAGCACAAGCAGCUGAAGGCCAGACCAUAGUCUAUCAGCCAGUUAAUGCUGAUGGAACCAUUCUCCAACAAGUUACAGUCCCUGUUACAGGCAUGAUCACCAUUCCAGCAGCCAGUUUGGCUGGAGCACAAAUUGUCCAAACAGGAGCCAACACCAAUACAACCAGUAGUGGACAAGGGACUGUCACAGUGACGUUGCCAGUUGCUGGAAAUGUUGUCAAUUCAGGUGGAAUGGUUAUGAUGGUACCUGGGGCUGGAUCAGUACCAGCUAUCCAGAGAAUACCUUUGCCUGGAGCAGAAAUGCUGGAAGAAGAGCCCCUGUAUGUAAAUGCCAAGCAGUAUCACCGGAUCCUUAAGAGGAGGCAGGCACGUGCUAAGCUUGAGGCGGAGGGAAAAAUUCCCAAAGAAAGAAGGAAAUACUUGCAUGAAUCUCGGCAUCGUCAUGCCAUGGCCAGGAAGCGGGGAGAAGGUGGACGUUUCUUCUCACCAAAGGAAAAAGACAGCCCUCAUAUGCAGGAUCCAACUCAGGCCAAUGAAGAAGCAAUGACACAGAUGAUCAGAGUCUCCUAACCACUGCUUAAAGAAAAAAAAUAACUGAAUAGAAUUCCCGUCCCUUCUGCAAGUCUGUCCUACCUUUCCAGUGUAUCAAGCGAGUCUUUCAAUGGGACAAUCGCCAUAUCACAGCCUAUCCUUUUCUACAGAACACACACCACAUUUUCAGUAUGUGGUCAAGAUUUUAACUGCAGUUGACUCAACAGAUAGAAACUUAACGACUUUAUUGGUAUACUGUUCUGAUCCAGCACAAGGAUUUCAGAGUCUGACUGCUCAUGCCUUUUUCUUCUUUUAAACAUGUCUUGCAUUAAGAUUGACCAUGGGUGAGAGUGUGCCACUGACUCAGUGAUCAGCAAUAACUCUGGCAUGCUGAAGCAGGGCCAGCAAAGACCUCUUGGAGUUAUGGCCCUUCUGUACAGAGACAUAAUCCAGUUUAUAGCAACCAGCACUGACGUGGCUAUACCACAGUACUUUGUUUUCCCAGCAGAGACUUGUUAUUUACAUUGACUCCUUACACCUUUGGACUUUAUUGUCAACUGAACUGUUCCCUGUUGUUGCAUCUGCACUUCUGAAACUGGCAGAAACUGAAAGGGGAUUGUUUUAAGUUCCACCUUGUAAAAUAUGUAAACAGCAAGCUCUUCUCUGGGAAAAGUUCAGCCAUCCAGUCAAAAUGAUAGAGAUAUUUCAAGAUUAUUACAGGACUUGAUAUAUUGUGUAUCCGUUCCAAGAAGUAAGACGGGAGAGGGUGAUGUGGGGAUAAGGAUUUAAUUAGUAAAAGCAAUCUCUGGGUGGUUUUUAGUGUGUUUACUGCCAGUAGUUGUUGCUUUGGAAGAAAAGUUGAUGCUAGCAUAAAAAGGAUUAAAAGUUUUGAGUGAGUCCCUUCCAAAGGAUUUUUUUUUUUUUUUUUUAAAUCUUCCUUCUAACCUGCCAGUCCAGUGCAUGGUUCCUGCAAAAGACACAAAAUCUGCAAUCUCAGAGCGAUAGCACUUGACUCUCUUUGUGAUGGUGUUUCUUGAUGUCUGUUCUAAAUCAGUUCUAUAAUUCUUUCAUUCUACACAGAGUGAGGGAUCAUUUCAUGACAGCAGAAGCAUAGGGCAAUUCAUCUUACCCUGAUGCAACUGAAGGAUUGUUAAACAAAUGAAGGCAGGUAUUGAUGAACCUUUCAGGCUUUUUAUAGACUAUCCUCUUAAAAAAAAAAAAAAAGUAGCACUUAAUGAAGGAGUACUUACAUUUUAAAAAAAUGAUUUUUUCAUGACCUAUAGCUGGAUUCUGGCUGAGUAUCUCGACAAAAUAUAUCUUUAUCUCUAGUUCCAUAGCUCAUUACAGAUUUUAAGCUUGCUCCAUUCUUACUACUCUGAAAUUUGGUGAUGGAAGCUGUAGUUCAUAACAUUUUAACAGGUGAUACUUGCAUCUUUCCAUGCUUGUCUCCUCCCAUCUUGAAUGAGUUUUACAGAUGCUCUGUGUAUCACCAGCCUGCUGUAGUCCCAUCUCUUCCAAUUUUGUGUUCUGUAGUUAAAACAUAAAACUGCAUCAUGGCAGUUAAGCAUGGGAUUGGAAAUAUUGCUAGGCAUUGUCACUGAGGGAGGUGAUUAUGAACCUGAGUAGGUAAAGUUGCAGAGGCUGAGGUGUUUUUGAGGAAAGCAGCCAAGGAUGGGUGAGACUGGUUUAAAUUCAGUGAACUCUGUUUUCAAGUGACAAAAAAAGUAAAUGCAACUUGAAAAUACAACCCGUAUUAUCUCCCCACUAUGUUUUUAGCAUUUACUGAAAGCUUAUGACUAAAUGCAAAAUGGAGGACAAAUUAGCAAGUAGAAGACUGGGAGAAUACAAAAAGACAGAGCCUUGAAAAUUCUGUUUACUUCGGAUAAAAGAAAAAAAUACUAGACCUAAGAGUAUGAGAAGAUGGGAAGGAAUGCAAGAGGAGGGAGCAGAAAUGUGGAGAAAUGUCAGAUUCUAGAUUGCCAGCAGGCAAUCUUGGAGGAAGGCUAUGCCUGUCUAGAUACUAAGGAUGACAAUGUUUAGAUCCGCCACCUGUGGGGAGGUAUGUAGCCAGUGAAAGAACAAAGAAAAAAUGCAGAUUUGUUAUUUGUAGGUAGGCAGCUGGAUUUUCUAUAUGGAGUUCAGUUCAUUUUUCUGAAUUUUUAGUUCCAUGUUCUUACCCUUACCACAGCUGACAUGGUGAACUAAAGCUGAGAAAGAAGCUGUUUGACACACAGUGACACCUGCAGCUAUGGGAGGAGGUGGCCUAGUUCUUGCCAUGCAAAUAACUCUUUCUUUCAAUUUUGUCUUAAGUUAUAUUAGUAAUCUAAUGCUCUGUUCACAAAUCUUACAUUAGGAUUUUUUUUCUAAUGAUUUAAAAGGCAUUUGUUUACCUCCAUUGCAUUGAUGGCAUCUUUGGUGCCUUUGGUUGCUUCCGCCUUAAAAUACUUGGCCAAUUAGAGCAUGGUGCUUAUUUUCUUCAGUUGGCGACUAUGAAAUCCUCACCUAGCAUUUCUUGUGAGGUCACCCAUUUCAGGAAAUAUGUAGCUCUCUUUUAGUGAAGGAAUAACACAAAAUUUGCUUUAGAUGAAUUUGCAGCAUUAUUGUAAAUAUUUUUUUAGAGCAUCUGUACAUUUUGUCAGUGCAGUAUUCAUGUACUGGAGGAAUAUUUCUGUGCUGGAGUAAGACAGCCUCUCUAUAACGUUUCUGCUCUUCAACCGAUGGCUAAUCUCUGUCCUGGAGAACCCCCUCUGAGAGUUGGAAGUUAGGGAAGCAAGAUUAUUGCUCUGACAUAGGUUUGUUGUUUUUUUUAAUGAGUAAUGACUCCUUGAAGAACUUGUAAACUUCUUCAAAACAGCUAGAACUUUUUUCCCAGUAAGCCCUUCAUAUAUAGGUUCUCCAAUCCGUUGUUGUAGAAUGUGUAUUAAGACCUAUGGAUUUGUGUUAUAUAGGAAGUCUUAUCGUUAAUACUUUAAAUAGUGAUGUGAAAGCCUGAGUGCUACUGUCAUAUUUUUUUCAUUUGCUUUGGGUUAUGUGUAUCACUUCUAAAAGUAGUGUUUGCUUGGUGAGAUUGGAGUUAUUGGUCAGCACCACGUUACCAAAAAAGUCUGCUUUCUUUUCCUGGGUAAAUUUGUUAAAUUGGAGAUGUCAUCAAGUUCAAACCUCUCUAGUAAUUAAAUGAGAAUUCUUUGUGGAUUGGCUACAUUUGAGCAAAAACUCCACUUUAGGAGUGCAUAAAAGAAUGGAUGAGGCUAAAAGAAGAGGCUCGGGGAGAAACGUGGUCAAUUGACCCAGAGAGCACUGGAGCGGUGAACCGAUCAAAAACCAGUUUUAUAUGAGUGUAAAGAAUGGGAUGUGGAAAAUGGUCCUCAAGUGAUGCUAAAUGGCUUUAAGGCCUUGCAUGUUAAAAGGGGGGGGGGGGGGGGAAUCUUUUCUUUGUGAAUGGGUGUGGGAGGGUACUGAGAUUAAUGUAAUGUAAGGCAAAGUUUGUAUAUAGUUAAAAGUUUAUAAUUUUUUUUAUAUGAUGCAUUUUUUCAAGUGUAUUUUGGUCUUUAAUAGAUGCAAUUGUAAGUACUGUGUACACUAUCCAGCUAAUAAAAAUUUAUAAACCGAGAACAA